UCUGUUUACUGUCAGUGUGGAGAAGAAGAGGAGAGCUGGAGGUGGUGGAGGAGGAGAACCUGUCCACAAACUUCUCUCAAACUUUACCUACACGAGCACAAACUCUGGAUUAAACCCUUCACGUGCGCCUCGAAGUUUGCUGUCCCUCCACGAGGAGCGCGUCGGAGUGUCCCCCCAUCCUCCUGUCCGUGGAAAUGUCUGGGUGUUUCUGUAAGAGCCUGUACCCGUUCAGCGGGGAGCAGCACCAGCAGGGUCUCAGCUUCCAGGCUGGGGAGAUCAUCAAGGUGGUCCAAGCUCUGCCCGGAGGCUGGUGGGAGGGCGAGAGGGACGGGGAGAGGGGCUGGUUCCCCUCCAGCUACGUCCAAGUCCUCGAGAGGACAGCCUCACUGAGUCAGCUCCCCAUCGAGGACCUCAGAGACCCCCUCCCUCCUCAGUGGAGAUGCUACAUGUCUCCACAAGGGCGGCGAUACUACGUCAACACGGUCAACAAUGAGACGACAUGGGAGAGACCGUCCAGUGCUCCUGGGACCCCAAAGACCCCCCUUCGACACAAGAACUCCCUCCCUGCAGUGAAUGGAUUUCACUCAGGUGGGAGCCCGUUGCAUCAUGUGGAGAAUUCACACAACAGCGUGGUGAGGAAGAGCAGCAUGGAGCCACAGAGCCCGGGAUCAACGUCGCCCACCAGGAAGCAGAACAAGGAGACCACGGUCACGAUAAACUGUGUGACGUUCCCUUCACUGGCCGUCGUUGAGCAGCAGCUACUGAAACCGGACGAGUGGAGCUACUGUGACUACUUCUGGGCCGAUAAGAAGGAUCCUCAGGGAAACGGCUCCAUCAGCGGGUUUGAAGUGCUGCUGCAGAAACAGCUGAAGGGGAAACAGAUGCAGAAGGAGAUGGCCGAGUUCAUUCGAGAAAGGAUAAAGAUAGAAGAAGAAUACGCCAAGAACCUCUCCAAGCUCUCACAGAUCCCCCUCGCCAGCCAGGAGGAAGGGACGCUUGGAGAGGCCUGGGCUCAGCUGAAGAAGAGUCUGGCAGACGAAGCUGAAGUUCAUCUGAAGUUCUCCUCAAAGCUGCAGAGUGAAGUGGAGAAACCGUUCCUGACCUUCAGGGAGAAUUUCAAAAAGGACAUGAAGAGGUUUGAUCACCACAUCGCUGAUCUGAGGAAACAUCUGGUCGGACGCUACGCUGCCGUGGAAAAGGCUCGUAAAGCGCUCGCCGACCGGCAGAAGGAACUGGAGCUGAAGACGCAGCAGCUGGAGAUCAAACUCAGCAACAAGAUCGAAGAAGACAUCAAGAAGGCCCGCAGGAAGUCCACCCAGGCAGGAGACGACCUGAUGAAAUGUGUGGACCUUUAUAAUCAGUCCCAGUCCAAAUGGUUCGAGGAGAUCGUCACCACCAGUCUGGAGCUGGAGCGUCUGGAGGUGGAGCGGGUGGAGAUGAUCAGACAGCAUCUGUGUCAGUACACCACACUGAGACAUGAGACGGACAUGUUCAACCAAAGUACGAUGGAGCCGGUGGACCAACUGCUGCAGUGCGUGGACCCGGCCAAAGACCGAGAGCUGUGGGUGAAGGAGAACAAGACGGGAGAGAUCAGACCGGUGGACAUCGAGAUCUGACCUCAUAGGAUGGACUGGGACAUAAAUCCUGGUCUAGGAUUGUAGCCCCGCCCCCCAUGACUCGCCCAGGACUCCUUAAAGAGAGAAGGAGGAUCGGUCAGCGCUGGCUGCAGCCUGCUGACGGUCCCGUUCAUGAAGCAAUGGAUGAAGAUGUCAUUUUUCUGUUCUAAACGCUGAGCCGGCAGGAGGCCGGCAGCGACACGUGUGAAUAAAACGGCGAAAGCAGCGGCGACUUUAACACCUGGACAUGUUGAACAGCUUUAUGUGAUGCAGCUGUGUGUUUGUGCUUUGCUCUGUGAGGUCGCUGACUGAGGAACAAAAAAGAUUUAACAGAAGCUGCUGAGCAAAACGCAUCCUUGACCCCAGAGUGUUAGAAUAUUGUGGAUUCAGAUUAGACUGCAGGGGUUUGAUACUAAUAUGACCACGUAUUGGCUGUUUGUUAAGCCCCGCCCCCCUGGUACAGUUCAGAUGUAAAUGCACUGAAAUAAAGAACAAAAUGACAAGUGUCUCCAUCAGAUUUACAACCCUAACGUGAGGGGAAUUCAGUCCUUUUUGGACAAUUUUUCACCUUCUGUCGUCUUUUUACUUCCCCAUCAGAAGUUUACAGAAAAACUACACGUCUGUAGCCAUGAGGAUGUUGCAGAUCUAUUUCUUGAGCAUGUUUAAAGGAAAAAUUGCCUACACCUUUUAAAUCUAGCGCAAAACCAUUUAGUUCUUUCUGGUAAUGUUUGGAUAAUGGGGACAGCACAUGUCAUCACUGGUUAAAACAACUGGUAACUUUUAUUUUUCAUAUUUUUGCUUUAAUUGAGUACAUUUAGAGCUUAGACAUUUAAACUCUAUAGAUAAUGUUUUAUUGAGAUAAAGUUUCUUUAGCACUUUUUAACAGACAAGCAGUUGGUUGUGAGGCAUUUUGUUGUUAGGAGGGAGCAUGCAGAAAUCAAAAACUGAGCAGAAUCGGGGUUAUGCAUGCAUGUUUUUGUUUCUAACUGCAGGUCUGCUGCUGUCCUUUAAAGCUGCUCUGAUCACCCACUGUCCCGGCCAGUCAGACCCUCUUUGUGUUGAUGUGACAGCAUGAACACAACCUGAAUUUAAAACCUUUCAGAAUCAUUUUAAAUGGUUUGGUUGCAGGUAAAUAUCACUCUGAAGUUCACAUCCAAAUUAACCACACAGAUGCUCCAUGGCUUUCACUCUGCAUCCGCUUUUUUUAAUUUGACACAUCGGCUUUGUUUGUUUUUAAAACCCCGUUCAUCACAUGGUCAUCUGAAUGUUCAAGGCUCGCCCUGCUCCCCUAUCCAGGUGAGGAUGUGCAGUCUUCAUUCAAAAAUGUUAUUUUCCUUCAUUGGUUUAAGAAAAUAAACGCUCUUUACUGUCAAUGUCUCGUUCAACCUAAAGUCCCAAACAUCCUGAAUCAUCCAACAGUUCAAUGAUUAUAAACAUGAAGCUGCACGGCUUUAUUUUGGUAAUCAGAGACGUGUGGUUCAGUGUUAAUUUCCUCAACUAAAACUCUGACUAAAACUAUUCGUUGACAGCCUUUUUUUCCAUGACAAAAACUAGACAAAGGCUAACAAAGAUAGAUCUGUGAUGACUAAA